AUGUUUUUUCGUCGUGUUUUUUCGAAAAAUCAAAACAAUUACAAUAAAGAAAUGUUUGAAGAAACAUCGUCAGACCAUCAGUCGACGCCCUCGCCGCCCCUGAAAGCACAAAAAAGAAGGGCAUCGAUCGAAGAAAAACAAUCACGCGGACUUGCGGUUUUACAAUUGACGCCACUUUGGGAACACAUAAUUAGAACAAAUUCUAUGCCACGUUCAGUGAUUAUUUCAGAUGUUUUCGAAGAAUUUUAUGAGCGAUUACAUGAUCCAGAAUGGCAAGUGCGACAACAUGCGUUGAGAGUUCUUGUUGAUGUUUUGAUUGUGAUGGGUCAACAAGCUGAUUAUCAUAUUCAAAGUUUAGUUCAUCCUUUAGUUGAUAAUUUAGGACAUAUUGCGCCGGCUGUUAGAAAAGGCGCACUUGAUGCUUUGAGAGUUUAUGUAGCUCAAACUGCAAUGCCGGAAACAGUCAUGUUAGAUAUUAUGAAUUAUGGAAUGGAUCGACCUGUAAAAGAUCCUUUUGGUGGUCGAAUGACAGUCGCUGUGAUGCUUGCAUUACCAGCAUUAAUUUUACCAAUUUUAAUAACGCCGAAGCGUGGAUAUGUUGUUAAAGCUGUGAUGGAUGCGUUAGCUAAUAAAAUGGUGAAGAUAACUUAUCAAGAAAUUGCAUUAAAAAUUUUAUUAAAAAUUAAGGACAUGGUGGGACCAAAUGAGUUUAAUGAAUACAUGCCGAUGAAUGUGAAGAAAGAUUUUGAUUUAUUAUGCAAGGUUUAUGGACUUCCUAAAGGACCUACAUUUCAUGAUCCAAAUGUUGAUCUUCACGUGCCACCAGCACAUGACCCGACCAAGCCUUGGGCUUCAAAAUUUGUUCCUAAAAAAGAUAUUCAGGGAAAUAUUCCAUCAUCUCAUGCACCGAUAAAUAAUCCAGAAAGUGCAAAAUAUUUUGGUGGUAAUUAUGAUGCAACUUACCCAUUUGAAAGAACUCGAUUGAGUAAUACAUUAGGAACACCGAAACGUCAAAAAUCGCCGAGAGCAGGAAGUGGUGGAAUUUUAAGAUCAUCCUCAGAUAAUAGUUUGACAGUAGAUUUCAACGGAAAUUCAUCCGGAAGUGAAAGUGGUGGAAGUUGCGUAUCAUUACGAACACAAAACAACACAGCUGCAAAUGGUCAAACGAUUUGUCAUGAAACUGUGACAUCAUGCAAUGGUGGUGGUGGUGGAAAUACCAACAUUGUCAAUGGAAAAAUAAUCAUGGAGACUGAGAUUAAAAUCACUCCAGAAACAGCAGUCACAAUGAGAAUUCUAGAACAAAACCCAAGCACGAAUACUGACGAAAGUGACGAUGAAAAUGGUUCGAAAAGAAUUAUAACUGAUUUUAGCGCACCUUACCCAGUCACGCCAAUGAGACCGAAAUGUGUUGAAGAGAAUAAUCACGUGAGAUUUAGUAGCGAGAAUUCUUUAUCGAAAAAUGGACGACGAGUUAGAUUUGGUGGGGAAAUUGUGAAGAUGAGAACACCGGAUAGUGAUGCAAUUGACCACAGUGAUGAGAAUGAUCCAACUUCGGCUUUAAAGCUUCCAAUUAAACUUCAAAAUGAUUCUGAUAAUUCUUCCAUUUCUUCAGAUAAUUCAGGAACGAAUGAAUACAUUAAACAAGCAAAUGUUGGAUUUAUUAAUGAACCUUUGUCAUUAAAUACUUUUCGAACGAAUAUCGAUAAUUUGAAAGAAAAGAAGUUUGAAGACUCCAGAAGAAAACCUUCAAUAAUUUCCAAUGAACUAUCACAACCAAAGCCUAACUCACGUCCAAACUCAAGUUUUUCACGACAAGAUUCAUCAUCAAGUUUUACAAGAAUUGAUCCUAUCCCUUCUCGACCUGGAUCUUCUCUUGGAAUGAGACCAACUUCAUCAACUUCUCGACCAAUUUCAGCAAAGCCAGUCAAAGAAAACUUUACAAAUUCUAAUGUUAUUCAUUCUCCAACAAAAAACUUUAAUCAAUCAGAACCCAAAGGCGGAUCGUCAUCGUCAUCAACAACAGAUUAUUCACAAGAGUUAACGAUUGGAAUUCCCGAUGUCGAAACGGUUUUGCCAGCUCAUUUUACGCCACCUAACAUCAUGAUAAAGAAAACUACGGAACAAAGUUAUAUCAAUCAAAUUCGUCCCGCAACAUCACCGAUGGUAUCGCCACGAAUUGUAACAAUUCCACCCACAUCAUCAUCAUCGUAUUCAUCAAAAAAUAAUAGCCCAAUUAAAUCAGCACCUUCAACACCAAACAUUCAUUCACCAGCAAGACGUAACCGACCAAUAUCACCCGAACGAACAAUCCUUCGACGUUCCGUGUCAAGUUUAUCACCAAGAGCUGUUCAUCGCGAAGUGACAAUGUUACAUAAUUUACAAAGAAGCCCAAUGAUUUCACCUUCAAGGAGCCGUAGAGCUUCUGUUUGUAGUUUGGAAGAUGGGAAAUCAUCAAGAAUUGAAGAGGCAACUCAGACUUUUAACGGCAAUGUUUCCUACAAUCAAAUGUCAAGUGAUAUGAUUCAAUCAUCGAAUAAUUAUAAUGAAAUAAAUCGAAAUGAGAUUAAUUUCGGUGCAAAAGUUGGUGGUGGUGGUGUUAAUAGUCUUGAAACAACACCAACGAGUUCAAAAGAAAGUCCAAAUAUUAAAAAUCAACAGUACAAGUCAUGGGAAGAACUCGAAAUUGUGGAUUAUUUUGUUAUUAAAGAUCUUAAAAGUGGGGUAAGUUCUGGGCAAUUAUUAACUGUUUUUAAUGCACUUUCAAUUUUCGUUUUCGCAACUUUCUUUUAUUUCAUCGAUUUUCCGGCUUGUUCUUAA